CCUUUGCUCAUGCCCUUCUCUUACCCGUGCUUGUGCCCAGGCUGUGGCCCUCUAUCAUACCCACCCUGUGCCCUGCACUCGGGCCUGCCUUGUGCCCCAUGCUCAUGCCCAGCCUAUGCCCCUCUCAUGCCUGCCCCAAGCUUCUCUGUGCCAGGGCUGCCAGGCUGGGGGCCCAGGAGAAGGCCAGGCGUGUGCCAGGGUGACCUGGAUUUCCGCCUGGCACCAGCACAGGCUCCAGCCCCGACCUCGCAGGGGUCGUUCUGGGGAGCUUCGUGCCACGAGGCGGCUCCUUCCCCUUCCCGGGGCGCCCCCCCACCCCCUCGUCCCCCCGCAGGCCAUCAUCCACCACCUGUGGUUCGGCUACGACGUCCGGAGGGCCGUGGAGGAGCCGCGGCUGCACAACCAGCUCCUCCCCAACACCACCACCCUGGAGGCGCCGCUGGAAGAGGCCGUGGGGGCCGAGCUCCGGGCCCGCAACCACCACACCAGGACGACGCCGGACUUCAUCGCCGUGGUGCAGGCCGUCGUGAGCACCCCCGACGGCUGGGCCGCCGCCUCGGACCCCCGCAAGGGGGGGGUGCCGGCCGGCUACUGAGCGAGGACUCGGGGGGGGAGGGGGGCAGGGCUCCCCGGCCAUGUCUGUGAGAAGCUGCCGCUUCGAGCAAUAAAUGAGCCGGACACAGCGGGA